UCCAUCACAGGCGGAAGUGAUUCCUUCACAAUAAAAGCUCCAGUCUGUUCAGACGCAGGUCUGUCAGCAGGUGCGCGUGCACGUGAAGCGCUCGGCCUGAAAUCUGGAGUUUGGGGUGAAACGGGCCGUCCUCUGCGCAUGCUCAGUGACGGUCGGUGCUUCUGCAGCUGCUCUGUGAGCUGAGCGCGCGCGCGGACCCGUCCGGACCGCCAGCGCGCGCGGCGGCUUUGGGGAGGCGUGGAGCCCGAACCCCGAUCCCAGCAGCUCUGUGUUCGGCUGAGGAUGCGCCGUGCACGCGCAGUCCAGAUGAAUUUUGACGUGCGUCCCCGCUGGGAGCCCCCCCGCAGGUGAGCGCGCCUCCAGAGGCGGGACCGUCUUCGGCACCCAUGGACCCCGUCCCGGAGUACUCCCUGUUCCUGGGCCGGAUCCUGGACGAGCUGGGCUCCCAGAGCUCCAGCAGGACCCACCAGGACCUGUGCGGCUCCCUGUGCGCGCGCUUCGACCUCGUGCACCUGGCCAAGCUCCGGAGUCUGUUGUUCUCCAUGGCCUGUCUGGAGCCCUCCUUUCCCGCCGCGCUCUUCCAGGACCGGAUGCGCCGCAGCCCACCGGAACCGCAGGCCCGGAAGCUGACGGUGGCUGCAGACAUCGUCAGCAUCUUCAACCUGAUCCAGAUGGACCGGGACGCCAAGGAGACGCCCGCCGCGGCCAGCCCGGAGCCUCUCCAGGGGGGGGAAGCCUUCCGUUACCAGGACAACCAGAGGAGAGCUGGCCUCCAGCCGCACCUGGAGGUCCAGGGUCCCUCUGCCGCCCUGCAGCCGGACCGGUCCACCAGCUGCCAGUUGGACCCGAACUUCCUGCUGCGUCCCGCUGGGAAGGACAGAGUCCCGCCUCAGAGCGGCCCCCCCUCCCCGAAGAGCUCCUACUUCUCCAUGAACGUGGACGGCGGGUCCAGCACCGAACCGGAGUCCCUGCAGGCCCGGGACGGCUUCAGCCCCUCCCGCAGCCAGAGGAGGAGCGACGUCCACGACCGCCGGACCUUCUGCCCGCAGGUGAUCACGGCUGAAUGCAAGCAGGCCAGCAAAGCGGCUGAGGCGUACCACCGGAGGGACCUGCAGAAGCCCCCCACCUUCUUCAACCACAGCUUUGAACUGCCGUACAGCAACCCCUACUUUGAACCGGCGCCGGGCUCCCCCCUUCAGGACCAGCUGAGGGUGAAGCACGAGAGUCUGGACGAUCUGCAGACCUCUACCUACUUCGGUCCGACUCCAGCGUCCCAGAGGCCUAUCGGCUUGAAGCACAGCACCAAGUCAGGGAGUCAGGGGGCGUGGCCUGUGAAGAGCCUCAGCCUGAACACAGAAGAAGGCCCGCCUGACUUUAAGAGGCCUUACCUGAACAGCAAGCCCCUCAGAGGAAUCCACAGAUGCAACAUCAGCACCAUCAGUGCUAACAAGCACUUCCACUGCCAACAAGAACCGGCGGUGAAUUCCCCGGACUCUGCAAAACCGGGGAACGGCGUUCAGACGAAGGAUGUGGCGGUGCUGGCUCGAGGAGCAGCCAAGGCCUUCAGGGACAAAAGCAUGGGCGGGGCCUCCUUUCAGGGCGGAGACAGCUCCUUCAGCGUGGGAACUCAAACCGAGCAGAAGAAGGCAAGGGACUUGCAGGACCGGGACCGGCCCAACCCGAGACACCCCCCGGAGGACUCAGAGGUCAUCAGCGAUGACAUCAGUGACAUUUUCCGCUUCCUGGACGACAUGAGCGUCUGCGACUCUCUGGGCAUCGUCCAGUCUUCGCGCCACAACAGCACCGGGUCACUCUCUCAGGUGACCCUGAAGUCAGACGGCGACAGCUCGCCGGAGCGUAACACCAUCAAGCUGGCCAAGUCCAAGGUGGACCGGCUCUUCCACUCACUGGAGAACUCGGAUGACGAGCUGAAGCUGAGCGUCUGCAAGCUGGUGGUGAGGAUCGGGGAGAUCGAGAAGAAGCUGGAGUCGCUGUCGGGGGUUCGGGGGGAGAUAUCGCAGGUUCUGUCCAAGCUCAAUAAGCUGGACCAGAAGAUUCAGGAGCCCGAGCCCGGCGACAGACAAGCGGACAAGACCUCCGCCGCUGGGUCCGACAGGACCCCUGAAAAGCCCCGGCCGUACCCACAUCCCGCCUCAGGCCCCCACGCCUUUCACACCAUUGGCCACAAUGUGAAGGCGGAGUGGGGGCGCCCAGAAGACGGGGCCAGCAGCAGCCUGAGGAUGAAGGCGCUGAAGAGGAGUGUGUUCAGCAGAAGGCCGUCCCCCCCCCUCAACGAGGAGAACAGCGCCACCGAGUCCAAAGUGGCCAGCAUCAGCGGCUCUCCACUCGACUGGAGAACUCCAUCGCAUUCCCUCCACCCCGGGGACUUCAAGGACAGAGAGCCGGACGGCCAGGAGAGGCACCGCAAACUGACAGAGGUGGAGCGGGACCAUCACUUUGAUUACCCCCCGUCACAGCGGCCCCCAAAACCAUCCAAAAAACCUCACCUGGUUGAGCAGGUCUUUCCACCACAUCUGUUCUCCUCCGCCGCCAAGGCCCACGCCAAAGCUAACCUCGUGUACACGGACCUGAGGCUGGCAGAAGGGAGGCGGAGUCAACCAUCCUGGACCAUGGAGGAGAACAGACGCAACCUGGGAGAAAAGGGAAACCCACUCACCAAAGUGGACCUGCAGGUCCAGGAGUCUUUGAAUCCCGGUAACCUGGAGUUCUGGAUGGAGGACGUCUACACGCCGGGCUUUGACUCGCUGCUGAAGAAGAAGGAGGCGGAGUUCCGCAGGGCCAAGGCAUGUAAGAUUGGAGCGCUGAUAACGGCGGCGGCCUGCACCGUCAUCCUGGUCAUCGUGGUUCCCAUCUGCACCAUGAGGUCGUGAGAGGAGCGGCGUUCCAGCUCUGGUUGAACUUUCUCUGGUUCCAUGUUGGUGUAAACCUUAGAGUAGCUGUUGUAGGAAGUCAGCGACUGCACACAUGUCCAUGGAGUGGCUCUGAAGGUCUGUGGGAGGAGCUUAGUGUGGACCUUCUUCUGUGGGAGGAGCUUAGAGCGGACCUUCUUCUGUGGGAGGAGCUUAGAGCGGACCUUCUUCUGGUUCAGAGUCUGAAUUGGGGUGAACGUGGUCUUCACAGGAGGUCCUGCUCCUCAGAAUGUAUUCUUAGUCCUGAUCAUGACUUCCUGAAUGUAUCCACCAAUCCUCCUCUUCCUCCUCCUUUUCCUCCUCCUCCUCUUCGUCCUCUUCACCCUCCUCUUCCUCCUCCUCCUCUUCCUCCUCUUCUUCCUCCUCUUCCUCCUCCUCCCUCUGUUGUGGCUCCAGAUGUGAUCAGAUCUUCACCUGUAGAUACCUGUAGCUCUGAGGCAUGUUCUGAUAUCAGGAGAUCACUGAUUAUAAUAAAAAUAUUUGGACUGUUGA